CCCGCCGGGAGCAAAAGGGAAAGGAACUCCUAAGAUGCCGGAGUGACAGACAGAGACAGACGGACGCACAGACCUGCAGAAGACACCACGUCGGCGGCCUAUCCCCGGAGCCCGUGAGGCGUCCCAGCUCUGUUCACUGGUGGGAGGCUGAGCUGGUGGAAAAGGCGCCUGGAAGAGACUCAGAGGCGACCAUAAUGUCUUUACGUUUACACACACUGCCCACCCUGCCUGGAGUUGUCAGACCGGGCUGCAAGGAACUGCUGUGUUUGUUGGUUAUCACGGUAACUGUGAGCCGAGGCGCCUCCGGGGUGUGCCCCACCGCUUGCAUCUGUGCCACUGACAUCGUCAGCUGCACCAACAAAAAUCUGUCCAGGGUGCCUGGGAACCUUUUCAGGCUGAUCAAGAGACUGGAUCUGAGUUACAACAGAAUUGGGCUUCUGGAUUCUGAGUGGAUUCCAGUAUCGUUGGUAAAGCUGAACACACUCAUUAUUCGGCAUAACAACAUCACGAGCAUUUCCACGGACAGUUUUUCCACCACUCCAAAUCUGAAGUGUCUUGACUUGUCAUCCAACAAGCUGAAGACCGUGAAAAGUGCAGUGUUCCAAGAGCUGAAGGUUCUGGAAGUGCUCCUGCUUUACAACAAUCACAUUUCCUAUCUGGAUCCUUCAGCGUUUGGAGGGCUCUCCCAACUGCAAAAACUGUACUUGAGUGGAAACUUUCUCACGCAGUUUCCCAUGGAUUUGUAUGUUGGAAGGUUCAAGCUGGCAGAACUGAUGUUUCUAGAUGUUUCUUAUAACCGGAUCUCCUCUCUGCCAAUGCAUCAUAUAAAUUUAGUGCCAGGAAAGCAACUGAGAGGUAUCUUCCUUCAUGGAAACCCCUUUGUCUGUGACUGUUCCCUCUACUCCUUGCUGAUCUUUUGGUACCGUAGGCACUUCAGCUCAGUGAUGGAUUUUAAGAAUGAUUAUACCUGUCGCCUGUGGUCUGACACUAGGCACUUCCAUCAGGUGCUUCUGCUCCAGGAUAGCUUCCUGAACUGCUCUGACAGUAUCAUCAAUGGUUCCUUCCGUGCCCUGGGCUUUAUUCACGAGGCUCAGGUUGGGGAAAGGCUGAUGGUCCACUGUGAUGGCAAGACUGGUAGGGCAAAUACCGAUUUCAUGUGGGUCGGUCCAGAUAACAGAGUGCUGGGGCCCGACAAAGAGAUGGAAAACUUCCAUGUGUUUCCCAAUGGAAGCCUGGUUAUAGAAAGUCCUCGUUUUGAGGAUGCUGGAGUGUAUUCCUGUGUUGCAAUGAAUCGACAACGUCUGUUAAAUGAAACUGUGGAUGUCACAAUAAACGUGAGCAAUUUCACCAUAAACAAAUCCCAUGCGCACGAGGCAUUUAACACAGCUUUUACCACUCUUGCAGCCUGCGUAGCCAGCAUUGUUUUGGUACUUCUGUACCUCUAUCUGACACCGUGUCCCUGCAAGUGUAAACCCAAGAGACGAAAAAAUAUGCUAAACCAAAGCAAUGUCCACGCAUCUAUUCUCACUCCCUGCCCUGAUAGCGAGGCCCCCACUGAUGAACGGAAGGCAGGGGCCGGGAAAAGAGUAGUGUUUUUGGAACCCCUGAAGGAUACUGCAACAGGGCAGAAUGGGAAGGUCAGGCUCUUUCCCAGUGAAACGGUCAUAGCUGAGGGCAUCUUAAAGUCCACGAGGGUGAAAUCCGACUCAGAUUCGGUCAAUUCAGUGUUUUCAGACACACCCUUUGUGGCGUCCACUUAAUUUUGUGCCUGCGUUUGUACGAUGUAGUGAUUGAAUCUCUUUAUACUCAACUUUGUGUGUGGUCUGCAAGAAUAAACAGCAGGGCAGAAAUGGGGUUGUUCUGUGUUUCAGAAAUAAAACCAAAGGGUCUCUUUCACUGGUUCAUAAGAAAUGUGGUAAAGCACUUAGGUUCAUGCCAGAGAAAGAUGGAGUUGUAUUUCAGAGCUUAAGUUCUAGAUAAUACCUUCAUCUUUAGCACCACUGAUAAUUUCAAAGCUGGCCUGGAGGCGACCUGACUGACAUUGUCCUUUCACUCAGGAUUCUUGAAAGAAAAGCUAAAUUUUAGGUAUUAGAGACUUUUACUAACUUAUUGGGACCAAAGUUGAGUUAUGUUAAAGAAAAGUGUUCAUUUUUAAAAGAUGCAGAAGGAAGAACCAAGCAGCAGUUGUUUAUAAAGCACAAAGUAAAGUUAGAUUUGGGGAUACUUCAGUUCAUGUUAUCAUUGCAGACCAGAGUAAAUAGACAGUCCUGAUCAAAUUUGCUGAGCAGUGCCACAUCGCAUAUGGUGUUAGAGAAAUAGUACAGUAAAGGUGCAUUUGUUUGACUGUCUUCUUUCCAUUCUGUACAUCUCCUAUCCUUGUACAAAAGAUCUUAUUGAAAGUUUGAAGCCAUCAUUAUUUGUUGCCAUAAAUAUGUAGGUGUCAAUGCCAAAAUGUCUGAGUAACUUCUUCAGCCUUUGUUCUAGGAGACUAGUUAUUUGUCUAUAUGCUUGUGUGUGUAUAAGUCUCAAAUUAUAUGAACUGUUAAAAAGAUGCCACUAUAUUGUACUUUGGACAUUUGAAUUAAUGUAAAUACAUGUGUUCUGCGACUUGAUGUUCUGUUUUAUUUGGCUAUUUAAAAAUAUAAAUCUAAGAUGUUUUAUGUGAUCUGAUUGUGCUGCUUUGUGUUAAGCACCAUCUAUUGCAAAUUACUCUCCAAAUUUCUUAUACAGUAUAGAGGUUUUUUAAAGAGAAGAAAAGGCUAUGGAGUGUCUUACCCAGUGUAUACCUUCAAUAUCCCAUUUUACCUGAUACCAUUAUGCACUUCAGCCAGGUUUGAAUGUCACUUAAGCUCUGAAUUUGGUGCAUGUAGGAGCCUCCUUAUUCCCAUCUCUACUGUGAGAUAAUCAACUACCCACUUUGGACCUAGGUUUUCUCAGCUAUGAAACUGAGAUUUCAGAGGUUCCUUCCCACCCUGGAAAUGAUGACUUCCUGGUGGUCUUUGCUCCAUCACAGACUUGCACUGGCUUUGAAAAUACACCACAUACUGAUAGAGGACAGGAAUGGGAUUAGGACAGACUAGCGUAGUACUAGCCUAGGUCUGAAGGACUAUGAUUUUGGAUUAUCAAGUCCAGCUGCUUUACUUUCUCAGGGAUAAAUGAAACCCAGAGAGGGCUGUGGGUUGUCUAAGGCCACACAGUGAGUUAGUGACAGGGAUUCAAGGAGAGCUCAGUUUCCAGAUUCUUCCUGGUGAAGAUAAGAGAGUCAAAAAGUGGCUAUUUUUAAUGAUAAGGAUGGUGAAGUAGCCAAAGAAUGAGGCAAAACAGUGGUCAGAAAAUGACAAAGGAGAAUGAAUCAGGGAUGUGUUGUCACCGGGGCUGAGAGAGAAGAUAAUUAAAAGAUGGAGGUAGGCCACAGUAACAAGUAUUUGGAGAACUGGAGAAUGAGAUGAGGAGGAAAGACUGACUUUGGUAAUGGUGGUUUUGGGGGAACAGUGGACCCUUGGUGACAACUUGCUAAGUGCCAAGCCAAGCACCUAGUGGCAGAUACUGGUCAGCUGUGGGUUAAAGAGUGGGUGAGUGGUCAGGAUGUGUGCAUAGGAAAUAGGAUAGGAUGUUACCUGUUGCUCAGUUGACUUGACAGUUCCUUAUUGCCUAGUUGGUGUUGAAAACACUGCCUCUACCUUUUAAACAUAGACCUCACCUGUUAGAUAAGAUCCUUCAGUCCCAAGGGUAUUACAGGAAAACAUUUUAUUCCAGUUCCUGCCAUUUAAGCAAUUAGGAAGAAUUCUGUGAUCUGUGUGAUCCUUAAAAUUGUUACUCUUUCUUCAUUCAUAUUUGGAUGAAGGGAUGCUGUGGUUCAUUCAGGGUCACACAGGGAGUCAGGACACAGGGGAAAACUCCUGAACCACAGACACUUCAGCAGGGGGAAGGGCUGCCUCCAGGGGCCAUGAUCACCAGGAUGCUGAGUGUGAAAGAACAUGGCCAGCAGUGGGGUUGCAGAAGAUCUCUGAGUUCAGCCUUUUCUGGGGCAGAUCUCGGGUCUUUCAGUUCUCAAACCCUUGAUCCUAGGAAAUGCAUGUUGCCUUUGGCAAGGGACCAUGGUCAGUGCUGGCAGUGGGGAGUUUGGAGAGCCUGAUUUUGGCUGGUCCUAAUCCUGAUUCUUGGUUAAAGGAUGAGUGGAAUUGAGAUCAAAACUAACAUAUUUACAACUCAAAAAAACAUGCAUAUAUACAUAUACAUGUGUAUAUAUAUGGAUGUGUGUAUGUAUAACUGAAUCACUUUGCUGUCAUCUGAAACUAACACAACAUUGUAAAUGAACUAUAUUUCAAUAAAAAAUAAUGC